CCGGACCUACGCGAAGGCACAGCCUGGGGCGGGGAGUCAUUCCCAUCACAAAGGCUCCUCCCCACAGCAGUAUUCCCACUGGCACAGACACUUGGGUUCCCACCAAGCUGGGUUCAGGCAGGGCUGGGAAGGGGGCACCUGUUCCACCGGGACUCUGCUUCCAGCCGUCCUCUCUGUUCGCCGCCCGCCAUGGUCCUCUGCCUGGCACCCGCGAUGCUGCUGCUGCUUCUGGGGUCGCCGAGUUCGGCCGGACGGAACCGAUGCUUGGAUGCGGCCGAGGCGUGCACGGCUGAUGCGCGGUGCCAGCGGCUGCGCACCGAGUACGUGGCGCAGUGCCUGGGUCGGGCCGCGGCUGGGGGCUGCCCCCAGGCCCGCUGCCGCCGCGCCCUGCGCCGCUUCUUCGCCCGCGGGCCACCAGCUCUCACCCACGCGCUGCUCUUCUGCUCGUGCGUCAACGCCGCGUGCGCCGAGCGCAGGCGCCAGACCUUCGUGCCCGCCUGCGCCUUCUCGGGGCCCGGCCCGGUGCCGCCCUCCUGCCUCGCACCCUUAGACGCCUGCGAGCACAGCCGGGUCUGCAGGCCCCGCCUCCUGGCCUUCCAGGCCUCCUGUGCUCCCGCCCCCAGCGCCCCCGACCGCUGCCUGCAGGACCAAGCCCCCCGCUGCCUGCGCGCCUUCGCGGGCCUCGUAGGCACCGCCAUCACCCCCAACUACGUGGACAACGCGAGUGCGCGCGUGGCGCCCUGGUGCGACUGCGGAGCCAGCGGAAACCGGCGUGAGGAGUGCGAAGCCUUCCGGGGGCUCUUCACCAGGAACCGCUGCUUGGAUGGUGCCAUACAGGCCUUUGAUGGUGGGUGGCCAGUAAUCCUGCAGGACCAGCUAGAUGUCCACCAGGACCCCGAGAAUAGCCUCCUGCAAGUGUCCUCCACAGAUGGGCUCCUGGUUGGGAGCUCCCUGCUCCCCAUGCUCCCUGUCCUGGCUCUCCAGCCCCUGCUCUGACUAGGACAGCAGACCUUGGACAACAUCACUGUCCCAUCCUGCCUGGGGUACAGGGCCACAUCUGCACCUACUGCCCCACUGAAGUUGGACUGGUGUGCCUCCCAAGCUAGCACCAGUGCUCUCAGCCCACUGCCCUUUUUAGGUCUGCACACCCUGUGUGCCUGUCCCCUAGAGUGAGGGAUGUGGGUUGAGGGUCUGAUGCAAAGCCCCUGGUUUCCCUUUUUGUGGGUUUCUUGGUUAUAGGUCCUUUCUCCACUGACCUUGGAACAGUUGGGUUCUCCCACAAGAUAGGGAUGGGGGGGGGUCACCUGUGUUGCUGAGGCCUCACUGGGACUCCAGAUCACCUAGAGGUGAUCCAGAUUCCCAGAAUUCUAAGAGAUUUCAUUAGCUUCUUCAAACAUAACGUGCCCUAAGGAGUACAUCUGAACAGACGUUUAGGCAAAACUUUUAACACUGCAGCCUUUCAUGGCACUGUCCUAGUGAGGCACCCCCCCCAUCAUGAUAGCCACCUAUGCCCCAUGACUUAUGUUGGCAAAGUUCUUUCCAUCCAUGAUAUGCUGCUUGGUGGGCACCACCUGGAGUGAGAGUCCAGUCCCCUGCAUUGCACUGGUUGUAUAGCCAUCUUCCCCAUGGCUUAACCUAGCACUAUGAAUGACAUCCAAAGCUCAAUAAACCACAUGCACUGAGACUGGCCUUACUUUCAUGUGAUCUGUCUUGGGAGCCUGGAGACCAAGGUCAGCCACAGGGUAUGCCUCUGCUGGUCUGUGACUUCAGAUGUCCUCAGAAACAAUCUGGACUACAUUUGCUCACCUAUGGAUGCCAAACUGAAUCAACUAUUAGAUCCUAGUGGCAGAAAUUUCUGUUGACUUGUCUUCUCUGCUCGUACUCAGAUACUGAAAACUACAUUUCCCAGCUAGGAGGUGGUCAUGUGGCACAGUCCUGGCCGUAAGUGGAGCCACAGGUGAGGAGGCUUCCAGGGGAGCUCUUGAAACGGAACUGAUUUGUUGACUGGUCCCUUCAGCCUUUAGCAUCCUCUCCCUUCUUCCCCAGAACUUGAUGACAGUGCCUGGGGACAUUGGUGCCAUUUUGAAAAUGAAGCCACAUGACAUUGUGGAGUCACUGUACCAGCCCCCAUCUGCCUCCCUCUAGACUUCACGGUAUGAGAAAAAUACCUUUAGUUUGUUUAAGCCAAUUUCUCCACAGACAUCUGUUAUUUGCAGCCAAACGUAGUCUCUGAUUGUUACUACCAU